AUGGAGGUAGCAUCACCUCAAAGCCCCAGUCCCAACGGGGCAGCCACCUUCCCUACUGUCGACCCCGAACGAGUGAUUGAGCAUCUCGCCUCCGUGUGCGAGGUAGCUCUCGGCGCCGCCAAAUCCGACCUUGAAGCUCCAGGCAGUAUGCUGCAUAAGAGCCGAUAUGCCGACACCAUUCAGCGCUGUGCUCGGUUUGCUACGGAUCCCCAGCCGGCCUUGUUUGUUCAGAAGGAUGUAUCACCGUCCCCAAACCAGGAAGGUGAUGACGAGUCUGAAACGCCCACGUUCACCUAUACCUUGACACACGAAAUUUCGUCUUCAGCUACGACAGUGGCAUCACUCGCGAUUGUGAAACAUCGUCCGCAACCGAUCGAUCCCGCCGUGCCUUUAACAUCCCAGAUAUCUCUUACGAAUCUCCCCGGUCCGGCCACCCUUAAUGCUACUGUCGGGGAACAGGGCCCUUCUACGUCUGCUUUCGAGGUUCUACACUCUGUCGUUCACAAUGCGCUGGCGCCCUACUUCGAUGCCAAUACUAGGACGCAACAAUCUACCGCCACUACACGGGGCAGAGCGGACGUCGACUCCAAGACCGGUAUCCCCGUGACGAAGAAGAGAUGGAACGAUUUGGAGUUGAGUUUGCUGCAUCUCCAGCAGAACGUCGAGAUACCCGAGGUCUCUCUCAACUUCCACUCGGUAGUCCAGACCGCUCUAAGCGAGGCCGACGCCCGCCACACGAAACCCACGAUCGAGUUCAUACCUGGUGGCAUUUUGGGCGACAGCCAGUUCCUCAAUAACCUGCAGAGCAACGUCAAUAACUGGAUCAAGUCCAUCCAAGUCAUCACCAAGAUGACACGAGACCCCGCGGGCAACUCGCCGCAAGACUUCAAGUUUACGGCGAGCCAGGAAGUCAAUUUCUGGCUAUCCAUGGAGUCGGCACUUGAGGGCAUCGAUGCCCAGCUUCGGAGCGAUGGGGUGACGCUGACCCUCGACAUUCUCAAGAACGCGAAGCGCUUUCAGGCGACGGUCAGCUUUGUGGCCGACACCGGGCUGAAGGAGGCGGUCGAAAAGGUUCAAAAGUACAAUCAGUUGAUGCGGGACUUCCCCCUCGAUGAGCUUCUGUCGGCCACCUCCUUGCCGAAACUCCAGGACGCCAUCGUGCAGAUCUUCAGCCACCUGAACAAGAAGCUGAGGAUAUGCCCCUACCCGAUCCGCCGAGCCCUUCCUUUGGUGGAAGCCAUCUCAGCCGACUUGGAUGACGUUCUUCACCGACUUCUUCCCGGCGCGGAGCUGGUCAACCUCGACUAUCAGGAAUUUCAGACGAUUAUGAGAUCAUGUGGCGAGAUCUUCCGAACCUGGGAUGACAGCAUCAAGGAGUUUACCAACGUCGCUCGCGAAGUGACGCGAAGACGAAAUGAGAGGUUCAUUCCCAUCAAAGUUAGUCCGCGACAUGCUGAGCUGCAAGCCCGUCUCAGCUACGUCAGCAAGUUCCGCGACAACCACGAGCAGCUCCAGCGUACUAUCGUCAACGUACUCGGGCCCAAGGCGACCGUUGGCGGCGUUGUCGAGACGACAGCUUCGAACGGAGCCGUUGUCAUGGAAGAGAUGGGCGAUGUCGAUGCAGUGGAGGAGGUCAAGCAGGCCUGGGAAGCGCUGCGGAACGUCGACCUCCUCGACGUGUCGGCCGAAGGCACCCAGCGGUGGACUCGAGCCGAGAACCUCUACAACGAGCGCACCUCCCGCGUAGAGAACUCGAUUAUUUCCCGCCUACGAGACCGGCUGGCGACCGCAAAGAACGCAAAUGAGAUGUUUCGGGUCUUCUCCAAGUUCAACGCCCUGUUCGUGCGACCGAAGAUCAGGGGUGCCAUUGCCGAGUACCAGAACCAGCUCAUAGAGCAUGUCAAGCAAGCCAUCAACAGCCUCCAUGAGCGAUUCAAGCAGCAGUAUGGCCAUUCAGAAGCCCAUGCCAUGGCGCAGCUGCGUGAUUUGCCACCCGUGUCCGGCGCCAUUAUUUGGGCUCGUCAAAUUGAACGCAAACUGGACUGGUAUAUGAAGAAGGUCGAGGAUGUCCUAGGUCCGGACUGGGCGCUCCAUGCCGAGGGACAGAAGCUCGAGAAUGAGAGCAACCUGUUCAGAAAGAAACUGAACACCCGCCCCAUUUUCGAGUCCUGGUUAAGCGACGUUCAGCGACGCCAAAUCUCCAUCUCAGGUCAUCUUUUUGAGAUUCGUCGUGUCCGCUCCGCGGGCGGUGCUUUGGAACUCUCGGUCAAUUUCGAUCCUCAAGUCAUCACGCUCUUCAAGGAGACGCGGAACCUGACCUGGCAGGAGUAUAACAUCCCGCACUCCAUCAAUACUGUCUCCAAGGACGCAAAGCGUGUCUAUCCCUUUGCCGUCAGUCUCAUGGAGAGCGUCCGCACUUUUUCUCAAGUGACGCGGCAAAUUUCCCUAAUGGGCGAGGAGUCCGCUCUGCUGCACGGGUAUCGGAAUGAUGCUUACGGCCUGGUCUCAAAGGGGGUGCCGCUUCGGUGGGAGUCGUUUGUGAAUACCCAUGAGCUCUACUUUCCGGGCAAGUCUAGUGCAAUUCUCCCUGCCGCAGCCGAGUACGGCCUCACCGGACGCACUGCCGAAAGCAAGCACAGCCUCUUUAUCCGCGAGUUCGCUGCUGCAACCUCCCUUCUGCAAACCAAGACUGCAACGCUGGUCUCGAUUCACGACACUGUUGAGAAGGCCCUGUCAGAGCUGAGCUCUUGCGCCUACGAGGCAGACGCCUUCCAUGUGCUUCUUGAGACCAUUCAGAAAGCCGUCGACCAGCUAAACCUUGAGCAGUAUGUCAAUCUGCCGUACUGGGUGGAGAACAUGAACAGAAAGAUCAAGGAAAUCCUCCUGUCGCGCUUGCAGUAUGCGAUCCAGUCCUGGAUUGCGGCCUUUGAAGACGAAUAUCUCGACGACGGCCCCCGCAAGAGAAUCAACGAGAACGGCGGAGAGGGGGAGGUUCGCCCGGCGGGUCCGACAAUCAAGCGUCUCGUGCACGAACUGACCAUGCGCAACCAAGUAAUCUACUUGGACCCCCCCCUGGAGUAUGCGCGGGCCAGUUGGUUUGUCCAGCUUCACGACUGGCUAGGCAUUGUCUGCAAUUUGAAGAAGAUCAAGGCCACCCGCUACCAGAUGACGCUCACCAUGACGGCCUCUGAUGAGCCCCGUUUCGACGACUUGCCCGGGGAGUGUACCGAGCUGCUCAGUCGCGCCUACGUGUCUGCCGAGAAGAAGCUCCGUGGGCUCAACGCCUAUGUCGAUAAGUGGCUCCAAUUCCAGUCGCUGUGGGAUCUUCAAUCGGAACAGGUAUAUGAGGUCCUUGGCGAUCAGCUCUCGCGAUGGCUCCAGCUUCUCCAGGAGAUCCGGAAGACGCGGCAGACUUUUGACACGCAGGAAGUCAGCCGACAGUUUGGACAUAUUACCAUUGACUAUGACCAAGUCCAAACGCGUGUGAAUGCCAAGUACGAUCAAUGGCAGCACGAGAUCUUGAUGAAGUUUGCUAGCCGCCUCGGCACCCGCAUGCGCGAAGUCCACGCAGACGUCGAGAAGGCCCGUCGCGACCUUGAGGUCCCUCGCCUGGAUGCUUCCUCAACGGCCCAGGCCGUCCAGUUUAUUACCAUUGUUCAGACUUGCAAGCGAAAUGUGAAAGCGUGGGCACCGGAGGUCGAGAUGUUUCGACAAGGCCAGUCAACCUUGGUCCGGCAGCGCUACCAGUUCCCCAACGAUUGGUUGCACAUUGAACAAAUAGACAACUCGUGGGCGUCCUUGACCGAGAUUCUCGAAAAGAAGUCGAAGAUCGUCCAAGAUCAGACCGACGCCCUCCGUGCCAAGAUUACCGCUGAAGACAAGCUUGUCAACGACAAGAUUGCCGACAUAACCGCACAAUGGAAUGAGGAGAAGCCCGUAUCCGGCACCGUCAGGCCUGACCACGCCUCCGCGACCCUGGCGUCUUUCGAGUCGAGGAUUUCGAGUUUGCAGACCGAGUCGGAGAUGGUGGCCAAAGCCAAGGAAGCCCUUGACCUUCCCGCAACGAUGGACAACUCGUUGGCCGCCAUCCUUGAAGAGGUCCACGACUUCCAGUCUGUCUGGUCGAACCUCUCGACGAUCUGGGCCAGCCUCAAUGAGACCAAGGAGACUCUAUGGACUGCCGUGCAGCCACGCAAGGUUCGAUCCAAGAUUGACGAUCUCAUCAAGAGCACCAAGGACAUGCCAAGUCGAAUGCGUCAAUACGCUGCCUUUGAGCAUGUGCAGUCGAUACUCCGAGGUUACCUCAAGGUCAACUCGCUUCUCUCCGAUUUGAAGUCUGAGGCCAUUCGCGAUCGUCACUGGACCAAGAUCUACAAGCAGAUCCGACCGGGCAAGCGUUACUCCCCGGUGUCUAUGACCCUCGGCGACGUCUGGGAUCUCAAUCUUGUUGCCACGGAGGUCAUCGUCAAAGAUAUCAUCGCGCAAGCUCAAGGCGAGAUGGCCCUGGAAGAGUUCCUUAAGCAAGUCCGGGAGACAUGGAGCAACUACGCGCUGGAGCUCGUCAACUACCAGAACAAGUGCCGCCUUAUCCGAGGCUGGGACGACCUGUUCGCCAAGUGCAGCGAGAACCUGAACUCGCUGCAGGCCAUGAAGCACUCUCCUUACUACAAGGAGUUCGAAGAAGAGGCAUCCUCCUGGGAGGACAAGCUGAACAGGGUCCAUGUUCUCUUCGAUAUCUGGAUCGAUGUCCAGCGCCAGUGGGUCUACCUGGAGGGAGUCUUCACGGGCAAUGCCGAUAUCAAACACUUGCUGCCCAUCGAGUCCUCGCGAUUCCAGAACAUCAACAGCGAGUUCUCUACGGUCAUGAAGAAGGUCUACAAGCAGCCUUAUGUUCUAGACGUUCUCGGCAUUCCCAAUGUCCAAAAAUCCCUCGAACGCCUUGCCGAGCUGCUCAACAAGAUCCAGAAGGCCCUGGGCGAGUAUUUGGAGAAGGAGCGCGUCUCUUUCCCGCGCUUUUACUUUGUGGGUGAUGAAGAUCUUCUCGAGAUGAUCGGAAACAGCAAUGACACCCUCCGCAUCGCGAAACAUUUCAAGAAGAUGUUUGCUGGUCUCUCAGGGCUCGUGAUGGACGACGAGUCGAUCAUCUCUGGCUUCGCCUCAAACGAGGGUGAGGUGGUUCACCUCAAGAAGGAGAUCUCCUUGGCGAAGACUCCUCGCAUCAACGACUGGUUGGCUCUCCUAGAAAACGGCAUGAAGUCGACGCUCGCCGAGCUGCUGGCGGAGGCCGUGGACCAAUAUACGCCGAUUUUUGAGUCAGGGGAGAUUGAGAGGUCGGCGUUGAUGGGGUUCAUGGAAGCUUUCCCGAGCCAAAUCGUCGUACUCGCUACCCAAGUCGCCUGGACGACUGCAGUGGAAAAGUCUCUUUCCGACAGCGGUUCGACUCUGCCAUCGCUGUUUGAGAGGGAAGUCCAGGUGCUUCGGCAUCUCGCCGACACGGUUCUGGGCGACCUUGAAGUCAUCCAACGCAAGAAGUGCGAACAGCUCAUUACUGAAUGCGUUCACCAACGGGAUUGCAUUGAGAAGCUCGUUCAGCUGAAUGCCAGCUCUCCAACUCACUACUUCUGGCUUCUCCAGAUGCGCUACGUGUACGCGCCGGAGGGCGACUACUUGCAGCGUCUCCAUAUCAAGAUGGCCAACGCCAAGCUGAAUUACGGCUUCGAGUACCUCGGUGUCCCCGACCGGCUCGUCAGGACGCCCCUCACCGACCGAUGCUUCCUCACUCUCACCCAAGCGCUCUGUCAGCGUCUUGGUGGAUCGCCUUACGGCCCUGCUGGUACCGGCAAGACCGAGUCGGUCAAGGCCCUCGGCGUCCAGCUGGGUCGUUUUACCCUUGUCUUCUGCUGCGACGAUACAUUUGAUUUCCAGGCCAUGGGCCGCAUCUUUCUGGGUAUCUGCCAAGUCGGCGCUUGGGGAUGCUUCGACGAGUUCAACCGCCUUGAGGAGAGAAUCCUCUCUGCCGUCUCGCAGCAGAUUCAGAAUAUCCAGCUCGGUCUCAAGCAGGGGGCCGAAGAUGAGACAGCACAGAUCGAGAUGGUUGGCCGCCAGCUGCGCGUGAAUGCCGAUACCGGCAUUUUCAUCACAAUGAACCCUGGUUAUGCGGGCCGCUCCAACUUGCCAGACAACUUGAAGAAGCUCUUCCGCAGCGUCGCCAUGUCGAAGCCUGACAAGGAACUGAUUGCUGAGGUCAUGCUGUACUCCCAGGGCUUUAACCAAGCCAAGACGUUGUCUAAGCAGACGGUCCCUUUCUUCGACCAGUGCUCGCGCAAACUAUCCAAACAGGCGCAUUACGAUUUCGGUCUUCGAGCUCUGAAAAGCGUGCUCGUGAGUUCCGGUGGGCUGAAGCGAGCUCGGUUGACGACCGGCGAUGGACAGCUGGGUGCCGAGGAGGUUGUCGAGCCAGAGAUUAUUGUCCAGAGUAUCCGCGAGACUAUCGCCCCCAAGCUCAUCAAAUCGGACGUCGAAAUUAUGACAACCGUGGAAGAGGCUUGCUUCCCGGGCAUUCAGUACGUCCCGGCGAAUCUCCAGGCUCUCGAGGAUGCCCUUCGCAGCUUCGCCGCCGAAAGACGGCUGGUUGUCAACGACGUCUGGAUGACGAAGGUGUUGCAGCUGUACCAAAUCCAGAAGAUUCACCACGGUGUCAUGAUGGUCGGCAACUCCGGCACGGGCAAGUCCGCUGCCUGGAGGGUCUUGCUGGAUGCAUUGCAAAAGGUCGAAGGCGUGGAGGGCGUUGCCCAUGUCAUUGACUCCAAAGUCAUGUCGAAGGAGGCCCUGUACGGCAACCUCGAUGCCACUACUCGAGAGUGGACCGACGGGCUGUUCACCAGCAUCCUCCGCAAGAUUGUCGACAACCUGCGAGGCGAAGAUACCAAGCGCCACUGGAUCGUAUUUGAUGGCGACGUCGACCCCGAAUGGGUCGAGAACUUGAACAGCGUACUUGACGACAACAAACUUCUAACCCUGCCGAACGGCGAACGCCUCAGCUUGCCCUCGAACGUCCGCAUCAUGUUUGAGGUGGAGACGCUGAAGUAUGCUACGUUGGCCACGGUUAGUAGAUGCGGUAUGGUUUGGUUCAGCGAAGACACCGUCUCCCCUCUCAUGAUGGUCGAGAAUUAUCUCGAAACACUCCGCACGAAGCCGUUGGAGGAUCUCGACGAGGACAGCGUCGCGACCGCACAGAACCCUGCCAAAGCCCUCGCCGUCCAGGCACAAGUGGCAGAUCUCCUCAAGGCGUAUCUCACUGGCGACAACUUCAUUAUUGCCGCCCUGGAUCAGGCUCAGAACUACAAUCACAUCAUGGAGUUUACCGUCGCUCGUGUCCUGGCCACCUUGUUCUCGUUGCUCAACAAAGCAGUGCGCGACAUGAUCGAAUACAACGCGCAGCAUUCGGACUUCGCGCUGGAGCCGGAGCAGGUCGAGGGCUACGUUUCCAAGAAACUCCUUCUAGCUCUUGUGUGGGCUUUGACGGGUGAUUGUCCGUUGAAUGAUCGCAAAGCAUUCGGUGACGCCCUCUGUGGCCUCGCGAGCUUCGGAUCUCCGCCCCUCGAUGGCACCAGCUCCCUCAUCGACUUCGACGUUACUUUGCCCAAGGCCGAGUGGUCUCCCUGGCAGAACCAGGUGCCCACAGUCGAAGUCAACACACACUCGAUCACCCAGACUGAUGUGGUUAUCCCGACCCUGGAUACGAUCCGCCAUGAGGAUGUGCUCUACUCUUGGCUCGCUGAGCACAAGCCUCUCCUGCUUUGUGGUCCUCCGGGCUCGGGCAAGACCAUGACUCUGUUCAGCGCCCUUCGCAAACUGCCCAACAUGGAGGUUGUCGGUCUCAACUUCUCCAGUGCCACCACUCCAGACCUCUUGAUCAAGACAUUCGAGCAAUACUGCGAGUACAAGAAGACCCUGAACGGCGUCAUGCUAUCGCCGACUCAGAUAGGCCGAUGGCUCGUCAUCUUCUGCGACGAAAUCAAUCUUCCCGCCCCCGACAAGUACGGCACACAGCGCGCCAUCUCGUUCCUCCGGCAGCUAGUCGAGCAUAACGGUUUCUGGAGGACUUCGGACAAGUCUUGGGUCACUCUUGACAGGAUCCAGUUCGUCGGUGCUUGCAACCCGCCCACGGAUGCUGGCCGUACGCCUCUAGGUCAGAGGUUCCUCAGACACGCACCGCUUAUCAUGGUCGACUACCCCGGUGAGGUUUCCCUCCAGCAGAUUUACGGCACUUUCAACUCGGCCGUGCUCAAGAUCAUUCCGACUCUUCGCGGCUAUGCCGAUCAACUCACCUCUGCCAUGGUCAAGUUCUACCUCGCGUCGCAGCAGCGCUUCACUCCCAGAAUCCAGCCGCACUACGUCUACAGUCCUCGUGAGCUCACGCGCUGGGUGCGGGGCAUUUAUGAAGCAAUCCGCCCCCUUGAAACCCUGUCGCUGGAGGGUCUGGUUCGGAUCUGGGCCCACGAAGCGUUGCGCCUUUUCCAGGACCGUCUCGUCGCGGAAGACGAGCGCCAGUGGACCGACCUAAUCGUGCGGAAGAUUGCUAUGGAGUUCUUCCCCACCAUCGACGAGGAGAGGGCCCUUGGCGGCCCCAUUCUCUUCUCCAACUGGCUGUCCAAGAACUAUGUCCCGGUGGAUCGUGAACAGUUGCGAGAUUUCGUCAAGGCUCGGCUCAAGACCUUCUGCGAGGAAGAGGUCGACGUGCCGCUCAUUCUGUUCAACGAUGUGCUGGAGCACGUCCUUCGCAUUGACCGGGUAUUCCGUCAGCCCCAGGGUCACCUCAUCCUCAUCGGCGUCAGCGGCAGCGGAAAGACUACGCUGUCUCGUUUCGUCGCUUGGAUGAACGGUCUCAAGGUCUUCCAGAUCAAGGUGCACGGCAAGUACUCCGCCGAAGACUUCGACGACGACCUCCGGGAGGUUCUCCGUCGCUGCGGUUGCAAGGGCGAGAAGAUUUGCUUCAUCAUGGACGAGUCCAAUGUCCUUGAUUCGGGUUUCCUGGAGAGGAUGAACACGCUUCUUGCCAACGCGGAGGUCCCCGGUCUCUUCGAGGGCGACGACUUCGCGGCCCUCAUGACCGCCUGCAAGGAAGGUGCCCAGCGUCAGAAUCUGCACCUCGACUCGCAGGAGGAGCUCUACAAGUGGUUCACGCAGCAGAUCGUCAAGAACCUACACGUUGUCUUCACGAUGAACCCGCCGGAGGAUGGUCUGGGCUCCAAGGCGGCCACCAGUCCGGCGCUCUUCAACCGUUGCGUGCUCAACUGGUUCGGCGACUGGUCCGAUCAAGCUUUGUUCCAGGUCGGCCACGAACUCACUCAGUCGAUCGACUUGGACCGGCCGAGCUUCCAAGCACCCGAUACCAUUCCGGUCGCGUAUCGCGGGCUCAACUUGCCGCCGACGCACAGGGAGUCGGUUGUCAACUCGAUGGUGUACAUCCACUACUCUCUCCAACGUUUCAAUGUCAGGCUGCAGAAGCAGCAGGGUAAGGUGACCUUCCUGACGCCCAGGCAUUUCUUGGACUUCGUCGCCCAGUACGUGAAGCUGUAUAACGAGAAGCGCGAGGACUUGGAGGAGCAACAGCGCCAUCUCAACGUCGGCCUGGAGAAGCUCCGAGACACAGUGGACAAGGUACGGGAUUUGCGCGCCAGCCUUGCUGAGAAGAAGGCGCAGCUCGAGCAGAAAGAUGCCGAAGCGAACGAGAAGCUCCAGCGCAUGGUGGCGGAUCAGCGGGAGGCAGAGCAGAGAAAGAAUACCUCGCUUGAGAUCCAGGCUGCGUUGGAGAUCCAGGAGGCGGAGGUGGCGUCGCGGAAGAAGAUUGUCCUGGAGGAUCUUGCCCGGGCGGAGCCCGCUGUGGAGGAGGCCAAGGCCAGCGUGAGCAACAUUAAGCGGCAGCACCUGACCGAAGUCCGAUCCAUGGGCAACCCACCCCAGGGUGUCCGCCUGGCUCUAGACUCGGUGUGCACCUUGCUCGGCCACAAGGUCAACGACUGGAAGUCGAUCCAGGCCAUUGUCCGAAGAGACGACUUCAUCGCCAGCAUCGUCAACUAUAACAACGAAGGCAAGAUGACCAAGGCCUUGCGCAUGAAGAUGCGAAACAAUUUCUUGUCCAAUCCCGAAUUCACGGUUGACAAGGUCGAUCGUGCCAGCAAAGCCUGCGGUCCUCUUGUUCAGUGGGUGGAGGCGCAAGUGACUUACUCGGAGAUCCUGGACCGUGUUGGCCCGCUCAGGAACGAGGUCGAGCAGCUCGAGGAACAGGCUCUGCAGACCAAGGCGGAGGCCAAGGCCGUCGAGAACACCAUCAACAACCUGGAGGCCAGCAUUGCGACGUAUAAGACUGAAUAUGCGGCGCUCAUCAGCGAGACUCAGGCCAUCAAGUCGGAGAUGUCGAGGGUGCAGUUCAAGGUGGACCGAAGUGUCAGGCUUCUCGACAGCCUGUCGUCGGAGAGGGUACGCUGGGAGGACGGAAGCAAGUCCUUCGAGACUCAAAUCAGCACGCUCGUUGGCGACGUCCUUGUCGCGGCGGCCUUCCUUGCCUACAGCGGGCUGUACGAUCAAACGUUCAGGAAGUCCAUGAUGGACGACUGGCUGCACCAGCUCCAGCUCUCCGGGAUCCAGUACAAGCCGCAUAACCCGGUCACGGAGUAUCUCUCGACGGCAGAUGAGCGACUCGGCUGGCAGGAAAACAGCUUGCCUGUGGACGACUUGUGCACCGAGAACGCCAUCGUCCUGAAACGGUUCAACCGCUACCCUCUGAUCAUCGACCCGUCCGGCAGGGUGACCGAGUUCCUCCAGAAGGAGAGCAAAGACCGGCGGCUGACGGUCACCAGCUUCCUGGACGACUCGUUCACCAAGCAGCUGGAGAGCUCGCUCCGUUUCGGCAACCCCAUUCUCAUCCAGGACGCGGAGCACCUUGACCCCAUCCUCAACCACGUCUUGAAUAAGGAGUACCAGAAGACCGGCGGCCGUGUGCUCAUCCAGCUUGGCAAACAGGAGAUUGACUUUUCCCCCGCCUUUAAGCUCUAUCUCUCGACGCGGGACCCGUCCGCCACGUUCGCGCCAGACAUCUGCAGCCGAACCACGUUCGUCAACUUUACGGUGACGCAGAGCAGUCUGCAAACGCAGUCUCUUAAUGAUGUCCUCAAAUCGGAGAGACCAGACGUCGACGAGCGCCGGUCGAACCUCAUCAAACUGCAGGGCGAGUUCAAGGUUCAUCUUCGACAGCUCGAGAAGCGGCUUCUCCAAGCGCUCAACGAGUCGCGCGGGAACAUCCUGGACGACGACAACGUCAUCGAGACGUUGGAAACGCUCAAGAGGGAAGCUGGGGAGAUCUCGGCGAAGAUGAGCAACACGGAGGGCGUGAUGGCCGAGGUCGAGGAGAUCACCAAUCAGUACAGAAUCAUCGCCCGGUCCUGCAGCACGGUCUUCGCGGUCCUGGAGCAGCUUCACUAUCUCAACCACUUCUACCAGUUCUCGCUCCAGUAUUUCCUGGACAUCUUCCACUCGGUUCUCCGCGGGAAUCCCCGCCUUGCCAACGAGACGAACCACAACGUUCGCCGGGAUAUCAUUGUGAAGGACCUGUUCAUCUCGGCCUACAAACGGACAGCUUUGGGUCUUUUGCAGAAGGACCGUAUCACGUUGGCCAUGUUGCUCGUCCAAGGGUCCCCGUACCCCAUGGACAAGGGCCUGAUCGACGUGAUUUUGGACAAGCGCGUCGAGGGAAAGGACCUGUCUACGGAGAAUGACGCCAGAGAGGAGGUGUUCGCCAGGGCGGGUCAUUUCAGCGCACUCAAGGGGAAACUGGACAGGGCAUCUUCGGCCGAUUGGGACAAGUUCCUUUCCGAAGAGCUUGCGGAGAACUUGGUUCCCAAGAUCUGGGACGAAGGCACGUCCGAGGUUGACCAGACGUUGCUAUCGCUCUUGGUGGUCAAGCUCUUCCGGCUCGAUCGGUUCGUCCCUGCGGCGGAGCGCUUCGUCGGCCUCGUGUUCGGCGCCGACCUCCUGGACGUGGUGGAGGAUUUGAGGGAGACGGUGACACAGGUUCCGGCUACUAGGCCGGUGGCGCUCGUGUCCAGUCCCGGGUUCGACGCCAGCUACAAGGUGGAUAAUCUCGUGGAGAGGAUGCAGGUCAAGUGCACCAACAUCGCCAUGGGCUCGAACGAGGGUCUGGCCAGCGCGGACAAGGCGGUCAGCAACGCUGCGCAGACGGGGUCCUGGGUUCUGGUCAAGAACGUCCACCUGGCGCCGACGUGGCUGCAGAGCCUCGAGAAGCGGAUGGAUUCCCUCAACCCGCACUCGGAGUUCCGGCUGUUCCUCUCCAUGGAGUCGAGUCCCAAGAUCCCCGUCAACCUGCUCCGGGCCUCACGCGUGCUGAUGUACGAGCAACCGGCCGGCGUCAGGGCCAACAUGAAGGACUCGAUGUCAUCGUUGUCGACACGGGCCGUCAAGAGCCCUGUAGAGCGUACGAGACUGUACCUCCUCCUUGCGUUCCUGCAUGCGGUCGUGCAGGAACGUCUGCGCUACGCUCCUAAUCUUGGCUGGAAGGGCUUCUGGGAGUUCAACGACAGUGACUACGAAUGCUCUGCUUUCAUCAUCGAUACCUGGGUCGAGAACGUGGCCGGCACCCGCACCAACGUCAACCCCCAGAGCAUCCCUUGGGACAUGAUCCGGUAUCUGGUGACGGAGACGUACGGCGGCAAGAUCGACGACGAGGCGGACUUUAAGCUCCUGAAUCAGCUCGUCCACUCGUUCCUCACGCCGUCGGCGUACGACAUCGGACACAAGCUCGUCGAGACGGCGGACGGCUCGGAGGAGGGCAGCCUCGUGGUCCCCGCCGGGACGACGUUGAAAGAGUUCAUGGAGUGGAUUCACAAACUGCCGGAGCGCGAGCCUCCCACUUACCUCGGACUUCCGGCCAAUGCGGAGAAGCUGCUUCUGGUGGGCUUGGGCCGCAGCUUGAUUGCCAAUCUGAAGAAGGUGUUGGAUAUGCUGGACGAAGGAGAGCAGCUUAUAGCGGAGGCUGCUUAA